AACUCCCCAACCCCUCUGAUGCUGAUCCCUUUGCGAAACGAUGUCCCAGUGGCGAGGCAGUGAGGACGACGCGCCAGGUUCUAAGAAUCAAUCUGCUCAAUACCCGCCUCCUAACGGCCUUAUUCCCCGGGACUACCUAGGCGCGCGAUCUGAAGUGGCUUCGCGCCCAGGCGCUCCUGGCUCUCGGCAUAUUUCACCAUCACCACUGCACACAACCUCUCUCCCGAACCCACGCCUGCAAGAUUCUCCCUCACAGAGUCCGCUGUCGCCCCGGUCUAGCGCCAAUACUUCGCCGUCCCAAACUCGGUCGCCUAUAUCCCGUAUAGCCAAUGCACCAUUUCCAGCGCCUCCCUCGAAUCCGGUUCAUAAUUUCUCCCCAUCACCAGAUAUGAUGGGCAUGGAGUCGGGCAACAUUUCAAGACCCAGUGAAGGCAGUAUUUCCAAAGUGCCUGGUGCGGCCGAGCCUGAUCGUUCCGCUUCCUCAUCCGUGAGCUCUAUACUGUCGGCACCCGGCGAUCGUUCGACCCACCGCAUCAUGCCGCGCACGUCGUCCAUUGAUUCUGCGAUCUCGUCCUUGUCCUCUGCUUCCCAAAAAUCUACCUUUGAUGCCAAUGCAUUAAGUCCAGCGGACAUUAGCCAUCUCAUCAAUGCAGCCGGUUCGGCGGAGGCUGUUAUUGUACACCUCCUGCGAGAGAAACACCAAGCAGCCUCCCAGAACUCGCAACUUUGGAAACUAGUGGAUAAACAAAGGACGCUCAUAUUAGGUCUUAAUAAGGACCUUGAACGCGCCUUCAACGAGAAGGAAAAGUACAAGAAAAAACUGAAAGAGCUUCAAGACUACGCACCUCCACUGCCAACUGCGGAUCCUGCAAAUUCCCCGACUGGAUUAGCUGGAGCGGCGCAUCCUCAGCAAACCACACCUGGACUGAUUGGCGAGCAACAGGCCGACAGGCAACAGGUCCCACAGCCGACCAUUGUCCCCACCCAAGCCGCAUCCCGAAUGCCACUUGAAGGCACCGAUCUGAGUCCCACUAGCAACUUGUCAUCUCCGGUAGGAAGCGAUGGACAGAAACUCCCACACCCGAGUCGCAAGCCUCCGCCGGCGCCUCUAGACCUACGACUGCCAAAUGAUAAUAUUCGCAAAGUGCACGGGGAUCCAGAUUCGGAAUCCGAUUACGGAGAUUCCCAGGAGGAAAGAUCAAGCUUAGAUCGUGGAAGAAGAAAGACCCGAGAGGAAGAUGAUCGAGACCGGGAGACCACCAUCAAGAAAGAAAUAGAUCCUCAGGGAUCGAUGAGUACGGUCAAAUUCGGAUCGUCUCAUUCCUCCCGGGAUACGGCCACGUCUGCUAGCCCAGCAACUAUUCCCCGUGAGCGUGCCACGAGAUCGCCACCAAAUGUCGGGGCAUCUGGCUCUGUCGGUUCCAUGCUCAACUCUCGCGCAAAUUCUUCCAUUCCAAAUGGACGCCCGAGCUUCCCUAACCCUAAGAGCCCCGGGUUACCAUUAAGCCCGAGGCCAGAGGAUCGACCUCUCGGUUCUCCUUUGCCCCGCAUGCCUCGAGACAUUAAUUCCAUGGCGAGCCAGUCCAUGACUGCAGGCACGAACCUUCCUGGUUUGCCCCUGUCUCCCAGAGCUGCCAAUUACCCAGCUCAAUUUGCCCCAAUCCCAACAAUCGAUUCUGCUGUGAAGAUAGACAGCCCCAGAUCCCCGCGAUCUCUCAGAUCCACUAUCUACCAGGGAUUGGUGUCGGAUGAGUACCCUGGCUUAUUGUUGCCACCAAACGCUCUCCCUGUGAUUCAAGUUCAAGUAUCUUCUUCCCGACUUCGACCCUCCAGGAAUAGUUAUAUGGCCCCAAAGCCGCUGGAAGAGGAGCCCGUAUUUACUCUGAGUGUGAUAUCUCGGGCUGAGAUGUCGGAACUAUGGCGAGUUGAAAAAGUCAUUGCGUCUCUCCCUCAGCUAGAUCACCAAAUCCGCCAAUUGGUCGCAUUCUCAGGGAAAUUACCAGACCGCAGCAUUUUUAGUGGACACUCCCCUGCUAAAGUAGAUGCCCGUCGGGCUGCGUUGAAUGCAUACUUUGAUAGUCUGUUGGAUACACCAAUGGAUGAAAAAGCGGCCUUGGUCAUCUGUCAUUUUCUCACAAACGAUGCUAUCGAGCCACGAGAUGACGAGACCAGUCUACUUAAAGGAAAUGGCUCGACGCAGCCUGAUGUGCCUCGUGGGUCUGAUGGAAGGCCUCGAAAAGAAGGCUACCUAACGAAACGAGGCAAGAACUUCGGCGGUUGGAAAGCGCGAUACUUUGUCCUUCAUGGACCUGAGUUGAAAUACUUUGAGUCGCCUGGUGGUCCUCACAUGGGUACCAUCAAGCUUCACCAUGCCCAGAUUGGCAAGCAGUCACAGAAUGCUAGCAGUCAGACUAAUUCUCCCCCUGGGCCAGAUGAGGAUGCCGACAAUCAGUAUCGCCAUGCUUUCCUUGUUUUGGAGCCCAAAAGGAAAGACUCCUCGGCCCUUGUCCGACAUGUGCUGUGUGCUGAGAGUGACGACGAGCGUGAUAGAUGGGUCGAGGCUCUGAUGGAGUACGUCGAGAGUCCUUCCUCAGACAAUGAUAGCCGUGGCAGUGCAUCUACCAAGAGCCAGCAGCAAAUUCAGACAAGACAACAGCAGCCUUCAGGCAAUGGCAGUAAACCUAGGUCGUUACCCAACAGCGGUAGCAGAAAGCCAAUUAGAAGCGUUGAAAGUCCUGACCAGGAAGCUGCGGCCUCAGUCCAGGGAUUCAGCUUCGAUGACACCAUAGCGGCAGAGCCUCCGAUCCUUGGUUCCUCUCUUGAACAGGCUCCUCGUUCGCCACGUAUCCCGGCUGCGCUCUCAACGGAUUUCCGAGACCUUAGCCAAUCUCCCAUCGAGCACUCCUUGCAAUCACCCAAGACUAUAUCUGGGCCUACCAAUGGAGCUGUGAUCCAGGAUGUUGGAGCCUGGGGCAACAAAACUACAAUGUCCACCAAGGAAAAGAAACGCAGCAUCUGGGGCUUCCGCACCCGGUCUUCCUUUGAUCUGUCAUCGCAGGCCCCAGCCGUCAAUGAACCAGGCGCAGCAAGUAACAGCAUCCAGGCAGAACGCAAAGACCCUGUCAGACCUGUAUUCGGGAUUCCUUUGGCAGAGGCAGUUCAGUACUGUGGUCCACUUGGAGUGGAUGUGGAAUUGCCGGCUGUUGUAUAUCGCUGUAUCGAAUACUUGCAUUCCAAGGGUGCAGCGUUAGAAGAAGGAAUUUUCCGUUUGAGCGGUUCUAAUGUUGUGAUCAAGGCCUUGAAGGAACGAUUUAACAACGAGGGUGACGUGGAUUUCGUUGGCGGGGAUCAGUAUUACGAUGUUCACGCCGUUGCCUCUCUCUUCAAGCAAUAUCUUCGGGAACUCCCAACGACGGUGCUUACUCGAGAGCUUCAUCUAGACUUUCUACGGGUUCUUGAGCUCGAUGACCGCCAAAAUAAAAUCACAGCCUUCCACGGUCUGGUCAGCCGGUUACCUAGGCCGAACCUGGUGCUACUACGAGCCUUGUCGCUGUUCCUGAUUGAGAUCGUCAACAAUUCCGACGUGAACAAGAUGACUGUUCGAAAUGUUGGCAUUGUUUUUGCUCCGACUCUUAACAUUCCUGCACCCGUGUUUUCGAUGUUCCUCACGGAUUUCGAUAGCAUCUUUGGUGACAUCGGUUCUGGCCCAGGCCCAGCAAUUGAAUUAACAGUGGACAAUAGCCUUUGCCCGGACGACGUUCGCUCCCCUCGUCACCAGAUGUUCUCCGAUAUACCGACCCCGUCGUACAACCAGACGUCAUUCCGAGGCCCAGGAGACGCAUCCAGUGGCCCUUCAGAUAAUUCCCGAGCCGCCCAUGAUACAGGCUUUGCUCCUAUGCAGCCCAGCUAUGACCAGCCUGCUUAUAGGAGCGACGCAUAUAGCCAACAUCAAGGUGCCUCGGCAUCUUAUGGUUCGUUGAAUGGCAUGUUAUCUCCCGGCUCAGACGACACUCGUUCAGCCAAGACAAAGAGGCGAGAGAGCUCAAUGCUCUUUAUGGAAUCCAAUCCAGGAGAUCUUUCAUUCUACCAAGACAAAUAGUCAAAUAACCUCACGCAGUCAUUGUGAACAUGCUGCUAUCAUGAUCUUCUCGACAACUUUCUAUCUUUCGAUCAUCGAUGAGGCCACCUUUUCCUUUCUUUACCGAUCACGAUUUGCACGCAGAAUGACGACUUCACCCACUUGGCACCAGCAGAAUCGCAUGGGAAUGUUUAAUGAUAAUGGUAAUUAGGACGAGGUUGCAGUAAUGAGGCACGAGCCUCGAGCUGUCGUGGAGAUCUUUUAUUUCUUGAUCUAUCGUUAUACCCCUUUUUCUACUUCUUUCUCUUCUUUUUUUUUUU